CCAUCCCCCAGCCCAGACCCCAGAUCCCCCCACCCCACCACCUCAUAAAGACCAAACCAAACCCAAAAGCAACCAACGCCAUCCCAGCGCAGCGCAGGCACGCACGGCACCGGCGGCGGAGGACGCGGCAGGAGCAGCAGCCGCCUCCUCCAAUCCCCGAGCCGAACACUCGCUGGCGGGCGCGCGCGCGCGCAGCCGGGGAACCGGGGGGGAGACAGGGUGGUGGUGGUGAGGCGGGGGCGAGCGCAAUGCAGGAGCCAAAGCACACCGAUCCGGCGGCCAUGCGCGGGGCGCACCACCGCCGGGCCAGAUCUGAGGUCGCCUUCCGCCUGCCCGACGACCUCGACCUCGGCGGCGGCGGCGCGGGGGCGUUCGACGAGAUCGGCUCCGAGGACGACCUCUUCUCCACCUUCAUGGACAUCGAGAAGAUCUCCUCCGGCCCCGCCGCCGCGGGGGGCUCCGACCGGGACCGCGCCGCGGAGACGUCCUCGCCGCCGCGCCCCAAGCACCGCCACAGCAGCUCCGUCGACGGCUCCGGGUUCUUCGCCGCCGCGCGGAAGGACGCCGCCGCAUCGCUGGCGGAGGUCAUGGAGGCUAAGAAGGCCAUGACCCCCGAGCAGCUCUCCGAGCUCGCCGCCAUCGACCCCAAGCGCGCCAAAAGAAUUCUGGCGAACAGACAAUCUGCAGCUCGGUCAAAAGAGAGAAAAGCUCGUUACAUAACAGAACUUGAGCGGAAGGUUCAAACUCUUCAGACUGAAGCCACUACUCUCUCAGCACAACUCACACUAUUUCAGAGAGACACAACUGGGCUUUCUGCAGAAAAUGCAGAGCUCAAGAUACGGUUGCAGGCCAUGGAACAACAGGCUCAACUGCGAGAUGCUCUGAAUGAUGCACUAAAGCAGGAACUGGAGAGGCUUAAGCUCGCUACUGGUGAGAUGACAAAUUCCAAUGAGACAUAUAGCAUGGGACUGCAACAUGUCCCAUACAACACCCCUUUCUUCCCUCUCGCCCAGCAUAAUGCAGCCCGCCAGAACGGUGGAACCCAGUUGCCACCACAAUUCCAACCACCCCGUCCUAAUGUGCCCAAUCACAUGCUAUCCCAUCCAAACGGUUUGCAAGAUAUCAUGCAGCAAGACCCUCUUGGCCGGCUUCAGGGUUUGGACAUCAGCAAAGGGCCUCUAGUUGUGAAAUCAGAGAGCAGCUCGAUCUCUGCAAGUGAAAGCAGCAGCACCUUCUAACCAGGCCUACCCACCGAGCCCACAGUUCCAUUAGAUUCGUUUGUUCAUAGCCUGACAUCCUCGCGCUGCUCCCUGUUCUGUAAGCUUAUUAUUUAUUCAAUUCGUUCGAUUUAGUUGAAAUUGUUCGUAAUUGCAGUGGCUGAUCUAUUCCCUUCUGUGGACAUGAUUCCUGUACCCCUCACAUCCAUUUGUUUUGGGUUCAUCUCCUGUGUGCUGUGUUUGGGAUUAUCAGGGCACCAGGACUGGCUUUCUCCGAGAAUACUGUGUUCUUUGUGGUCGUGUGGACUUGUUCACCAUGGAUUCAAUUCAACCUUUUGAAAAGAUGCAUGUAUUCUCUGAUUUUUUUUUCUCAGUCAUGUACAUGUCACUGUUAUGCUAGUUUGAUUGAUGUGUACUGUGGAAUUUGUGGAUAACAAAAGGAGUUAAGAUUGGGAUUGCUGUGGAACCAUCUGUAUCGUAUAUUCGUAUGUGACUAAUGUUGGGAAAUUGUUCUAUUCUUGUUCACCAUAUGCAUGUGGGGUAACUUUUCCACUUUUCA